UUGGGAGUCCCGUUCGCGGCGAGGGGGGGGUCCCACAAUGCCGAGCUGCUCCAUCCGGGUCCUUCCCCGUCUCUGUGAGGGAAGUUGUCAGGGAGUCUUGGCGGGGUGAGGAGGAGGGAGUCGUGAGGAGAAACGAAAGCCUCCGGGCGCUUCACCUACCUCUAGCCCGGUGCCCUUUUGCUGUACUCCGAAAGCUGCAAGUUGCCGUCGCCCCGUGAAGAAGGCUUGUCGAAACCCGCUUCUGUCGCCGCUCCUAACCGAGGCCUCUUAACAUUGUCAAGAAAUGGAAGAAGGAGCCAGUCAGAUGCAAUCUUGCAGUGAAAAGCAGAUGCAGACCUCAGAAGAUGUAUGGCAGGUUACUGACAUGAAUCGGUUGCGUCGUUUCUUGUGUUUUGGUUCUGAAGGAGGUACUUACUACAUCAAGGAGCAAAAACUGGGUUUUGAAAAUGUUGAUGCUCUGCUGAGGCUUAUUGAAGAUGGCAGAGGUUGUGAAGUGGUACAGGAAAUAAAAACGUUUAGCCAAGAAGGCAGGGCAGCAAAACAGGAGCCUGUCUUGUUUGCACUUGCAAUUUGCUCACAGUGUUCUGAUGCAAAAACAAAGCAAGCAGCUUAUAAAGCUGUCCCUGAUGUCUGUCGCAUACCAACCCAUCUCUUCACUUUCAUCCAAUUUAAAAAGGAUCUGAAGGAAGGAAUGAAAUGUGGCAUGUGGGGUCGUGCUCUGAGAAAAGCUGUUGCAGAUUGGUACAAUGAAAAGAAUGACAUGGCUAUUGCCUUAGCAGUGACGAAAUACAAGAAAAGAAAUGGUUGGUGUCAUAAGGAUCUGCUCAGAUUGUCUCACUUGAAGCCUGCAAAUGAAGGCCUUGCCAUAGUCACUAAGUAUGUUAUGAAGGGGUGGAAGGAAGUCCAAGAGGCAUAUAAAGAUAACAAACUUUCUCCUGAGAUGGAAAAGCUGUUGAAAUAUUUGGAAGCAGUGGAAAGGGUGAAGCAUACAAAGGAUGAAUUGGAAGUGAUUCAUUUGAUAGAAGAAUAUAAUCUAGUUAGAGAACACCUUCUGACAAGUCAUUUAAAAUCUAAAGAGGUAUGGAAAGCCUUGCUAGUGGAAAUGCCCAUAACAGCAGUGCUGCGGAAUCUAGGAAAGAUGACAGCAAAUUCUGUUCUUGAACCGGGGAGCCCAGAAGUUGCAAUAGUUUGUGAAAGACUGAGAAAUGAAAAACUUCUUAAAAAGGCUCGAAUACAUCCUUUCCAUAUUUUGGCAGCACUGGAAACCUACAAAGGAGAACGUAGUUACCAAAGAAAACUUCGUUGGCAACCCGACAAGGAUAUUUUGGAUGCUCUUGAUGCUUCAUUUUACAAGACCUUUAAGACAGUGGAGCCAACAGAAAAGCGUUUCCUGCUUGCAGUUGAUGUCAGUGAUUCUAUGUUCCAAAAGGUUUUGGGCAGUGUGCUGAGUGCUAGCACAGUUGCUGCAGCAAUGUGUAUGGUUGUUGCACGUACUGAAAAAGAUUCCCAUAUUGUUGCCUUUUCUCAUGAAAUGAUUCCUUGUCCAGUGACUGAGGACAUGACUUUACCUCAAGUGUUACAGAAAAUGGCUGAGAUUCCAAUGGGUGCCACCGAUUGUUCUUUUCCACUGUUAUGGGCUGAAAAGGCAGGUGUAGCAGUUGAUGUUUUUAUUGUAUUCACGGAUAAUGAGACAGUCGCUGGAGAAAUUCAUCCUGCCACAGCCUUGAGGCAGUACAGGAAGAAAUGUAUGAAAUUGCUGAAUGGAUUGGCCACAUACAGCUGCUUGUUACCAUGGGGCCACACGAUCCCCCAAUUGAUUUUUUUUUAAGGUGAGCUGAAAGUCUCUGAUUCUGUUUAGUGGAUGUGUGGGGAAAUUUAGUCCUGUUUUAAGGAAUUUCCUACACUCAUCCCCUUAAAAUUUUAAGGGUCACUAGGGGGCACAAGAGUUUCUCAGUUGGGAAAAAUACCACCCAUUUUUUUUGUAGGAAAUUUUUGGUAAGAAUGUGGGUUGCAGCAGGAGCACUCUGACUUCUGGUGACUGUCUACCAUUGCUUUAACCCUGUGGCUUUUCCUUUAACUAUGAUUUUAAAAGUCAACCUAAUUCUCCUCUUUCCCCCCCCCCCGCCUUUUGAUGACUUGUAUCUCUCGGGCUUGCCAUUUUCAGGUAUAGAUUUUGUUGCUAGUCACACCUUUGUUCCUUUUCCAUUAUGCAUAUUAUGUUCUUCUUGCUUCAGAACCUAUCAUUACAUUCCCUUCUGUUGCAUACAAUAAUUAUAUAAACUGUUACAUUCACAACUAAAUUUCUGUGAAAUUGUUAAGAGAGUGGGCUGUCAGAUUGUUUAUAAUACUCAGCAUUCUCCCUGCCCUCUCCCAUUGUCCCAAAUCAUGUUUGAGAGCCAUUGGCAGUAUUGACCAUGGCUAUUGCUAAUUGGAAUGCAUCAGGAUGUUUAAUCUGCUUCUGAUUUCACAUUUUGCUCACACACUUCUCACUGCUUCUCAUGAUCUGUGUUUGUGCCAACAGAAUGCUUGUUCAUGGCCCUGGAGUGAUGUGAAUACGUAAUCAUAUAGCUAACUCCAAAUUCUGCAACUGUGGUUAUGAAGUCAGAAAAUAUUACCAUGCACUCACCCAUGGUGCCCUAAUCCGUUGAUACAUGAGCACAGGAGUUGUGAUGGUUUUACAGAAAUGUUUUGCAUGUGAUACUUAAUGAGGGUUUGUGUCUGGUUAUUUUAAUUAUAGCACCAAAUACUGUACAUCCAGGUGAUAUGGUUUCACUACAGCAGACUUUACCCAGCAGACAUCUCAAACGACAACACCCCUAGUCCUUGACUAUGGUCAUAUUGCCUGCUCCUGAUGGGAGUUAUAGGCCAAAACAUCUGGCAGACACUUGAUGAAGGCUAUACUAGAGUUGAUGCCAGGUAUGAGUGUUUAUUAUUUGCAUAGGGGAAGUCAGAUACAAGAACUAUGUAUCCUGCUUGUGGAAGAAGCAUUGUAGUUUUUAUUUAUUAGUGAUUGCUUAGUGAAGAAGUAGAUACUAAUGAACUGGAGAUUUGCAGUGUUCGCGUUCAGUACAGUGCUUCCAGUAUGACUUUAAAAUUAAAAUUAUCUUUGGAUCAGAUCACCACAGAAGGUUUGGAUAGAUUUUUCCAAGGUUUGAAACAACACUGCAUAUUGGAAAGUGCUGCAUAUGGUUCACAGAACAAUUGAAAGUUCAGUGAUAUUGUGAGACUCUGAAUGUUCUUGCAUGCAAGUGUAGUUUUAAUGCUGCAGAGGGUUUUUCAUUUUUGUUUUCAGAUCAAUGUGAAUCUAGAGGCAUAUCUGGAGUCUAGAAAUAACAUUAAAUUCUAGUGUAAUAUAUAUUAAGCACAAUAGGUACAAUUGUUCUUUUAGGCCUUAUUUUUACUAGAGUAACAAAUUAUGUAGGGGCAGGAGGUCAUUUGACUGAAUGCCUUCCCAUUUCCUCCUGGACAGUUAAUAUAUCAAGAGGAAACCUUGGAUAAAAUCUUACUUAAUUUUAUAUGAGGAGGAAAUAGUGUAUAUGUAAGGGCAUUCAACAUUGUGAGCUCUCAUGUGAAAUGGUACAGCUCAGGCACACAUUAAUUUGAUAAGGAGCAUCAUUAUUAAUGUUCAGAAAGCCAUAACAAGUGAACAUUCAUUUGAAUCUGUAGAUGUGCAAUUAUCCUCCUAAAUAAUUGAGCCUUAAUUAACAACAUCCUGAAAUUGAGUGUGACUUGACCAGCUGGGAAAGAGUAGGGGGGAUGGGAAUAGUUCUGUGUGUAACAAGACUAAAAAUUGCAACAAUUUAAAAAUAAAAUAAUCUCCACGUUGCUGUGGUUUUAUUAAAAUAGCCUAGACACACUAGUGGCUUAGUACAUUUUCAUUUUUGCAUUUAUUUGAUUGGAUUAUAUUACACUGUUGAAAAAUACUGUAUUCAAAAGCCUGUUUUAUCACUACAACCAUAUGUCAGAUUAAUUUAUUUUAUUAAUACUGUGGAAAGAUAGAUCAGCUUUCAGCUGAGGUCUGUGUUGAUCUUUCAGAAAUGCUGAAAUAAGAAUAUUUACCAGCAUUUGUGGAAGAUAUGUAUUUUAAAAAAUAUGGCAUAUUUAACAUGAAAUGUAUAUUUGUAAAUUAAUUUGGCAGGUAGAAAUUAACAGGCUCAUAAAGAACUUUGAAAACAUGGCAACUUCUGCAACAGCAGGAAAAAAAGUGAAAGUAUCUAGAUAAUUAUUUUUUCAUGUAUUUUCAAAGCAUACUCUCAUCAUUUAUAUAUUUUAAACAUGUGCUACCCUUUUCAAAACAAGGAAGUAGGCUGCUAGGGAAAAAAUGAAAAUGCCUUUGAAAAUUUAUCAGACAGAAACAUAAAUAUCUUUCUGUGUUUGGCUUCUACUGUGUUAGAAGUUGCUGCCUGUCUCUUGAAAGAGGCAAAACCUGCCUUCUGCUAGAGCAAAUUAUGUUACAGACCCAGCCAAUCACUUCCCAUAUAAGCUAUCAGCUUUAGGAGAGGCCUGAUAUAAAUUGAAUUAUGUUCAUGCCAUUAAUUGCUUUUUAAGAGUCCAAAUCACACCCCCACCCUCCCCCUUACCCAUGUUUUGUGUUACUUUGUUUGGAAAUGUUGCAGGGAGUCUUUUCCUUCUUUCAGAAUCUCCUG